GCCAACCAUCGCAGCUCCCGCCCAGGAGAGGCCUGCCCGCGCCUUCCACGCCGAGGUCGUCUGAGGAGCGUCCGCCUGUGGAGCUCCUGGGGCAGCAAGAGCCCGCGCUGGUCUGCACCGAGGACCCUGGCCUGGCGUCGCUCCUUGACCGUGUGCCCGUUUCCUGAAGUCUGCGCUCCCAAGGUGCAGCAGAGCUGUCUCUGCCUCUGAAGACACCUGGCCAUGGCACCUGCUGCGAGGAGGCGCCUGAGGAAGCCUGUGCGCGCCCCCCCGAUGGAGCCUCGGGGGAUGGAAGUCUAUGACGUUGAGGGACAGGAGAGCAGAGGGCCGAGUGGGCCAGAGGAUGUCCCCGAAGGUACCGUCUCCCCAGACACCUUUGCAGAGCGCAGCACACGGGUCCCUCGGGUCACUGGCUCUCAGUCCUCCACAGGAAACAACCCAGCUACUGAUGAUAACCAGGGGGGCAUAAGUCCUUCUCCAGGAACCUCUGAGGACGACGUGGGGAAUGAAUUACGGAAUAUGUUGGAAAGAUUUGAAGGUGACAUUAAAAAGGUUCUUCAUGCAAAGAGAAAAAGAUUUAUAACAAACACCAAUUCUUCUGUCAAAACUAUUAACCAGAAAAUUGAGCAUGUUUGGAAAACCCAGGAAGAGCAAAGGCAGAAGCUUUACCGCGAAUAUUCUCAGCAGUUUGUGACUUUGUUUCUGGAGUGGGAUAUAAGUGUGCAGAAAACCAAGGAAGAAGAGGAAAAACUAGCUAAUUUGUGUCAUGAGCAACAAAAGAUUUUUCAACAAGCUAGAAUUGUUCAGAGCCGGAGGCUGAAAAAAAUUAAAAAUCUAUAUGACCAGUUCUUAAAGAGUAUGGCGGACUUUGAGAAGGAUCACGAACAUCUUCUUACUGAUGAGCAAAGUGAAGUUAGACAAGGAAUGGCCAUGUUGCAGGACACAAUUGUGAUGGAAACUCAGCAGCAAGAGCUGGCAAUUGUUCGAAAGUCUCUUCAAUCCCUGUUAUUCUGAUGGCUUUGAAGAAAAAACUUGAACCUAAAUUGUAUGAUACAAGUGUAACGUUGGCUCCAUCGAAGCACAUUGCCAUGGGUUUAUCGUUUGUUUGUUAAGUGUAAGAAUCUUUUUCUGUUAACCACCAAAUGAAUCCUAAAUAGUUAUGUGGGUAGCAGCAAUUCCACAGUUACAUGUACUAAGCUUUCAACCCUUUGGUAACAAUGGAGAUGUUUUCUCCCUAACACUGUCAACUAACUUUGAGCAAUUAAGUUCACUUAAUUUUAGGUUUUGGCCCCAGCAAUUCCGUAUCAGUCCCACAAGGUAGAAAGUACAAGUGUGGAAUGUUACAGCAUUCUUCCUUAAGGAAAAAAAAUUAAAGAAUAUAAAAUCUAUUUAGUCUGUGCAUUCCUUUUUAUGUACACAAUAGUUGACAGAGCCAAUUCCAAUGCGGGGUGGGGGAUGAUUUCAAAGGAAAAUGUACUCUAUUGCCUUAUAACGACUGUUAAAAACACUUGAGAGUCUGUUUUUGGAUGAAUUAAACUGCUAAAAAUCAUUAAGAGAACAGACCUAACUAUGUCAAUAUCAGAGCUGAGACAUGGAUUUGUGAAUAUGUCAUUUCCACAAAGAUAUCAAAAUGUCUUUUAAUUGGUGUUGGUCCACUAUUAAAUGACACUUGCCCUUAGCCUUGAUCAAAAGUAUUUCACUAAUAUCUACACACACUUAACUACUGAUGGUUUUAUGUAUUUCACAUCUGUCUUUGAAGCUGAGUGACCUAGAGUGCUUUGUUUUCAAGUUUAAUAUUCAGCGGCUC